UUAUUACCACACGCGUCCCUCUUCGGAGCCCGCGGGAUGCUGGCUUCCUCGGAGGCUCCCGAGACGCACGGACGCUGCCUGAGGAGUGAGGAGCGCGCGCCUCGUCCGGCACCGCCGCCCCCCCAGCACGUGGACACCCGGCCGGCGCGCACCGCGCGUCUUCUCCAACAGGCGCGCUUCUCUGGAGUCGCGUUCCGUUCGGUCUCUCUCUGCGCUAGUAGUUUUUUCCUUUUCUUCUCUUUUUUUCUUUUCUUUUGUUAGUCUAUAAGCUGUGCCGCGGGAUUUGCUGAGGAUCCGCUGCGACACGGCUUCGGUCGCGGAGCAGGAGCGCCGGCAGGAUGCGGACGGUCACGGUGCAGUGCGGCUGCGUGUUGCUCCUCUGUCUGACAGCGAUCCGUCAGUGUCGCGCCAGCAGCGGCGGCGGCGGCGGCAGCAGCGGCGCGCAGGGCUGCAUGGACAAGAACCAGGUCGUGGGCGUUCUUCGUCAGAUGGAGAAGUUCCUCAAGGGACAGGAAGUACGAUUCACCGAAGCGCUCCGGGUCAUGAAGACCAAACUGGCUGCCUUGCAGAACUCCGUCUCAAAGUUUCCUCAGGCGGAUCAGUACGCAGGUGCCAAAAGCUGCCCGUCCCUCGAAGUGCCGGCUCAUGGGAAGAAGUUUGGAACCAAACACCUUGCGGGUCAUGAGGUUCAUUUCACCUGCAGUUCAGGGUACCAGCUGAUGGGUCCUGGAACCCGCGUUUGUCAGGAGGAUGGCAGUUGGAGUGGAGUAAACACUGUGUGCAAAGACAUCAGCGAGUGUGUCAGUAACCCCUGUCAGAACGGAGGGACCUGUGUGGACGGGCUCAACCAGUACAAGUGCGUUUGCCCUCAGAACUGGAGCGGGUCGCACUGCCAGCACCAGACUCAAACAGCGCCACCAGAGUGGAGCGUGAUGAACGACCCGGCGUUCAGCCGGAAGCCGCGCUGCGCCAAGGUAGACCGAGCCCAGCACUGCAGCUGCGAUGCCGGAUUCCACAUGAGCGGCACCUCCGAUAACAGCAUCUGCCAGGACGUGAAUGAGUGUGAGGUCUACAAGCAUGAACACGGAGGGAAGCUGUGCGUUCACACCUGCGUCAACAUCCCGGGCUCCUACCACUGCUCGUGCCCCAGCGGCUACAAGUUGCUGCCCGACGGCCGCAGCUGCGAGGAUGUAGACGAAUGUCUCACCCAGCAGCACAACUGCACCCCCGGGACCACCUGCAUCAACAGCGGGGGCGGCUUCCAGUGUGUAAACCCAGAGUGUCCACGAUCCCACGGAUACAUCAGCUAUGUUAAGACAUCGCCCUUCCAGUGCGAGCGCAACCCCUGCCCGAUGGAGAGCCGCUCGUGCCAUCUGGCCCCGAAGACGGUGUCGUUCCACUAUCUGUCCUUACCGUCUCAGCUGCAGACCCCGGCCACGCUCUUCCGCAUGGCCACGGCGGCGCCCCCCGGGCGGGCGGGUCCCGACAGCCUACGUUUCGGUAUCGGCGCCGGCUCCGCCAAGGGCACGUUCGUGAUGCAGCGCUCCGACCGCCAGACGGGCGAGCUCAUCCUCGUGCAGCGGCUCCGCGGACCGCGAGAGCUGGCCGUGGACGUGGACAUGUCCGAGUACGCGGACCGCGCCUUCCAGGCCAAACACGUGGCCAAGGUGCACAUCACGGUGUCGCCGUACGACUUCUGAGCCGCCGUACUCCCUCCCUCGCGGCGGAAAUAAAGAAGGUGAAAAAGAUUUUUUUAAAAAAAAAAAAGCCUCAAACCUGGUGCGUCAAUAUUCAGCCCUCCUUCGUCCCACAUCUCGCCGCCCUCCAGGAAAUUCAGCGAUGCUCAGGAGCUCUUGUCUUCCGGGCCACGAGCCGUUUCAGAGAGGCGGAGAGGAGAAGGACGAGCGCGAGGGUCUAACGCGGGCAUCCAGCGUACGGAAGCGCGCGCGUUAAACGGUGUGUGUCCGAGCGAUUCGGACACUGGUACGAAACAGCGGACAGAGUAACCGAGAGGACUUGAGCGAAGCGACUGAACGUCACGUGAGCGGCGGGCGGUUUGCGUCGAGCUCCUCGUCGGCCCGAAGAGCCCAAGCGCCCCAGUGCCCCUAUUGGACGAGCACUGCCUUCAUUUGCCAUCGGGAAUUAAAUCCCAGUUCCAUCCUAAGAUUAUGAAAACCCCAUAAAAACCAAUCAAGUCGUUCCAUAUUUACCCACGCGUGUUAUUUCCAUCGCCCCGUCCUGUUAUUUCUUUCUCAUUUGUUUCCUUCUUCCGUGUUUUUGUCACGCGAGCCAAAAUGUACACGCAAAUUAAUUAAUUUAAGCUUUGACGAGGUAAUAUCUCUGUCUUCUAUGGUUUUUUUUGAAGAACUGAAGACCGUGUGUCAUUAUCCAGAUGCAGCAGUACGUUAUUCCAUUAUAAUCAUCCUUUCCAGUCAGUAUAUGGGGUAUUUAACGCUAAUGUCACUAAUUUUGUUUUAUUAGUGUGUAACUCGCACUGUAUUGCGCAUUAAUGUUUGUAUGUAUAUAAAAUAAAGCGAGCAGUAGAGGGCUCUU